AUGUCCAUGGUGUCCUCCCAGAUCAGCACCGACACCGUCUCCUCCAUGUCCGGCUCCUACAUCGCCCCUGGCAUGGAAGAGGACGGGGAGGCUCUCCCCUGCCCCCGGGCCGCCAGCAGGACGCCCUCAGAAGAAGGAGACGUGACGCCAGCGGCGUCUCCAGACUGCAACUUUGCGGGCCUCGUCGCCACCGCCGAAGAGCAGGAUGCAGAGAACGCCCUGAAUGACAGCCUGACCAGCCUGCAGUGGCUGCAGGACUUCUCCUUUCUCAACGCCGAGGUCCCCGCCCUGCCUUCGGCGGACACCGACCCCCACGGCUACCACGAGCUGUCAGGCUCGGCCGAGCCGGGGUCUCCCCUGGCGGCGGACCCCGCCUGCCUGGGGCAGCCGCACACACCCGGCAAGCCCACGUCCUUGUGCACGCCGCGGAGCGCCCCCUCGGGGCUGCAGGCCUCGCCUCCCAACGACGUGGACUACGCCACCAACCCGCACGUGAAGCCGCCCUACUCGUAUGCCACGCUCAUCUGCAUGGCCAUGCAGGCCAGCAAGGCCACCAAGAUCACCCUGUCGGCCAUCUACAAGUGGAUCACGGACAGUUUCUGUUACUUCCGCCACGCUGAUCCCACCUGGCAGAACUCCAUCCGCCACAACCUGUCCCUGAAGAAGGGCUUCAUCAAGAUGCCCCGGGAGAAAGACGAGCCAGGCAAGGGGGGCUUCUGGCGCAUCGACCCCCAGUACGCCGAGCGGCUGCUGAGUGGGGCCUUGAAGAAGCGGCGGCUGCCCCCAGUCCACAUCCACCCGGCCUUUGCCCGCCAGGCCGCGCCAGAGCCCAGCGCCGCCCCAUGGGCCGGGUCACUGACCGUGAGCACCGAGGCCCAGCAGCUGCUGCGGGAGUUCGAGGAGGCCACUGGGGAGGCGGGCUGGGGUGCAGGCGAGGGCAGGCUGGGGCGUAAGCGUCAACAGCCGCUGCCCAAGCAGGAGGCCCAGGUCCCGCGGCCCUCCAGCCCCCUGCUGCUGACCCCGGAGGAGCAGGGUGAGCUGGAACCCCUCAAGGGCAACUUUGACUGGGAGGCCAUCUUGGACGCUGGCACGCUGGACGGGGAGCUGGGCACGCUGGAGACCUCGGAGCUGAUCCCGCCGCUGAGCCCUGCCUCCCACGGGGACGUGGACCUCACCAUCCAUGGCCACCACAUCGACUGCCCUGUUACCUGGGGGCCUCCAGUGGAGCAGGCUACCGACAGCCUGGACUUCGAUGAGACCUUCCUGGCCACAUCCUUCCUGGAGCACCCCUGGGACGAGAGCACCCGUAGCUCCCUGCCCCCCGAGCCCCUCUUUGAGGCCGGGGAUGCCACACUGGCCUCUGACCUGCAUGACUGGGCCAGCCUGGGCGCCUUCUUGUAA